UAUCUCAGGUACGUUUUCCAUCUCUACGUGAAUGAGAACGUCGGUUCAGUGAAGAUCGUCGCAGAGAAGCCGAUGCUGAAUGGUAAGCUCACGAUUCCCCUUGAGCCAUGUUCUGAGGACAGAAAACAUUGGAGGUCUGAUCCGUUUUUCAUCCACGCUUCGGAGAAUGAUUCCUUUCGUUAUCGUUAUGCAGUUAAAUACAAUAAGGGGCUAAUGAAAAGUGUAGCUGAAGCUGUAGCUAAUUUCUUUGUCGGAAGAAAAGACGAGAAACCAGUGAAAGAGCUACAUACACGCAAGCUUGAAAGAGGGACACAUCAAUAUGACAUUUUUCAUUACCCCAGUGAUCCUUCGUGGAAGCGAACCGUUGUCGUUGGGCAAGUUUUCUUUAUCAAAAUGUUGUACCGUGAACUCGACAAUGGUGGUAAUGUGAACGAAUUGCUUAUUGAAUGUGAACACUUGGGAUUUGGUCACCCAGGGUAUGUCGUUGAUGACGUUAAACAACACUUUUUGAAGUGGGUACAGAAUGUUGCAGGUACCUGCCCCACUCCUUAUCAGGCCGUCUUUCUAUGUUCACUUCUUGGCCAGUUAGUAGAACGCGGGCGUAACUGGAAAGCUGGGCACACGUGCUGGUUGCUUGGAGAAGAAUGUUGCGAUCUGAUUUUGUCCUCCUUUGGUCGCUGUCCUUAUUCGAUUUUGCCUCAAAGCAGUUUAAAGUUUAUCAAAGUUGUAGCAGAAGAUCUUUUCAAAACUGGCUCUUCGACAGGUUGCUUGCUGUUCAUGAAAUAUUUCUGUAGCCUAUUGGAUGUCAACUAUGUAAUGCUGAUACUGAAUAAACUCUCAUCACAGCCGUAUACGGGACGCGAGUUCAACCAAGAUGUGCCUCUUCUGCUAGAAUCCUUGGCGAUUUUAUCAAACCGUUCCAGCUGUGCGAGAUAUUUGUCGUUUACCAUAGGCUGUUCUCCAACUGUCCAUUGCCUUUGGAAUCUCUACAACCUUAUACCUGGCAGUUUCUCGGACGUGUUAGAGAGCCUUACGAGGGAGGUUUUAAAUGUUUACAACAAGUUCAUUUCACGCAGUCGGAUCAAACCGGAUCUUCUUGACCCCGUAUUUUGGUCCCUGGUACCAGGAAACUUGAAAGAAAAACUAUCCAGUCAUUUUUGCAAGGCACUCACUGAUCAGAUCCUUUCAGAAACGGCUGCAUGGUCAAAGGAUAGGCUUGCCAGUUUGAUGGCCAUUGCCACUGACGUACGAUUCCAUUCAUCGGAUCAGUUUUAUCGCCUCGUUCUAGGCGUCAUGACGCACAAGUGUAAAGAAGUGGUGUACAUUCUCCCAGAUCUUCUGGAGUCAACGGCCUUUCGUUCUUACUGGGAAACAACCAUCCCCGAGCUAGACAAAAAAAGAGUUUGCAUUCACUGGCUUAAAACUGCUUUUGGAGAUGGUACAAACCCCAAAGACAAGAUACUUGGUGUUGUGAAAGCAUGUGAGUUGCUCUGUUCAACAGAUGCAGUAAAACAUAACAAAGCACUGUCUGAAGCUAUAUGCAAGGAGGUUGAAAGUUUGGUGGUCAUCAAGACUGAUUUUCAUUAUAUCAUGAGUGCGUUGCAAGAUGGUCAGAGCCUUUGUCCGGCGAUAUGGCAACGCCUCACUUCGAUUUUACGGAGUGCUAUGCAACUGCACAAUGGCACAGGAGACCGUAAAUUGAGAUAUAGGAAGAUGAUUCAGAUGCUUGGCUUUGAUGUUCAUAGCCAAAGAAAGAAGAAUUUGUUAAAGACAAAUCUAAAGAGGUGGGUAACAUAUCUGUUACGAUUACCUAUACCUGGACACAGAAACUGUCAAACUAUCCUCCUAGCGGACCUUUUUUAAGAAUUCACGUGAUUUGUUUUGGUUAUAGAGCGUUUUCACUCACGUGUUUAGCAUCUAUGCAAAUUUAUAAGGACAAAAGAAAUUGUUAACAUAAUAAGAGUCCAACUCCCACAGGAUUUGUUUGGAACACCAACAUGGCCGCCACUUCAUUGUUUUGGAACACCAAAAUGGCCGCCGUGACGUCAUGUGAUCCCUACGUACUCAGACAUGGCUAUUGAAAGUUUACUCGGUUUGCCAACCUGUAACUUUGUUUUUUGCUUAUUAUUAUUAUUAUUAUUAUUACUAUUGUUUUGUGUUAUUUGACACCGAGCAUUGGUUCGCAAUGAUGCUCAUAGGCUCUCGUGGUUCCCUUGAAAAACGUAACCGAUUCUAGACCAUAGUGGGUAAAAUAUACACCCAUUCAGACAAACACCCAUCAAAAACACCCUUUGGGUUGGCACUUAGCACAGACCUAGAGAGCUUAUAUCGUAGAGUACCGCAGGGGAAAAAUAAUAUCAGCCCUUGCUGCUCUCUGCGCAGCCUACGAACGCAGACGUAUUUCCGGUCGUCGCUUCUCUCGUUUACUUUCCGGUUGGAGUGAAGCGAUGACCAGAAAUACAUCUGCGUAUGCAGAAUACUCCUCGCGCUACUCCCCAUAAUCUUCGCGCUACUUCUUUGCAACAAGCCUAAGCAUGGGUCGAUCUUUUAGGACUAUGAAUUUUUCUUUGUUCUUUGUAAUUUGUAUUUAGAGUGCUGUUUUUAAAGAGCUCUGUCUCCAGACAUUUUAAAUUAGAUGUUCAAUGCGUUUUGCUAAGAAUACCUUCCUUUCGGUUUCAAGUCUAAACAAAUCGUCAGAGAUCAGAUCAAUAGUUUUAACACGAGUUGCAUUAUGAAUAUAACACCGUAAAACGAAACCUUGAAAAUUUUAGUUGUCUUUAAACCAUUAAUUCAAAUCGGUUGGAAUGGUGAUCAGAGACUGCAAGUUAAUUUUUUUUUAAAUUUAGUCUUUUAUUCAUAUAUGUUAGGGCUGAAGAAGAGGUCCUUUUGGUUAUGUUAGAUGACAUUUCGCUACCAGUUCAGCAAGGACACGAGCAGGUCUUUAAAGCUAUGAUUGCGGACAGUGAAGUUUGGAUACCCGUAUUAAGCGCACUUCAUCCCCUUUGCACACUUACGAAGCAUCCAAAGGUUUUAGCGGCAACAAUCGCGUUGCAGCAAUUAACAGAUCCCCUUCGAAGGUCCGCGUUGCCUGUAGCCUUUUUCCUGGGUCUUAGGGAUGAGGAUCUUUGUCUGCUUGCAAAUUACUGUGGUUUGGCCUUUUCGCCAGAGUCGGACGUCGCAGGAAAGAUGCAAGAUGAGUUGAUGAUGGACUUCUCUAAAAGUAGGGAAACUGCAAAAACCUUCUGGGAACGAUUCUCUAAUCUAGAGAAAACAAUCAACUUCCUCCAGGCAGUAACCAAAGAUUUUGUCGUGAUAUCUGACGCAAAAUCACUGGUCAGUGAAGUCAACAAGCGAAAGGAAGUGAAGGCAUCUGCCACUCUUAAGAGUGCUGUCGAUGACGCCUUCUGGGGAUCAUUGCGGUGUUUGAUUGACUCUGAAAAAUCAAUCAUUCGCCUCCAAGGAUCCAUCAUAUUUGCCAACAUUACACGUAUGUGUUUGAGAGAGGAGUUUGCAAGAAGUCAGACGCUUAGCGAGGAUGUCACCAGUGUUGAAGAAGCCUUGCAAGAAUUCCCCCAACGUCCUGCAGCUGAAAUAUUGCGUCUUAUUGGAGGCAAAGGAUUACCUAAGUUCAAAGAAGCGUGCACUAAUCUGUUCGGUACCUAUGAAGAUCUGAGUGUUGGGGACGUUAACAUGCUCUGUAAUGGCAUCGCUGAUAAAGAGGCUCUACAAAGAGAACUAACGGUGAUAAAUCCUUGUUUUCCCAUUUCUGUUUCUCCCCGAAAGGAGAGGAUGCUGCUGAACUACCUUCAUUUUCCCCGUGUCAGUGUUAAAGUUGAGCAGCUGAUGUCGGUAUCUGCAGCUCUUGGUUGUGGAUCAGAAAAUGGCGAUUCAGUGACCCAAGUUCUGAAAGAUUUCAUCUCUUCCACUCGUACCACAGAAAUUAAACUUUCACGUCUUUGUGAAGCUGUUGACAACAAGACAGUAGCCACUGUUGAUUGCACGCUUGAUGAUAAUUUGACGAUCAUCAUAAAAACCCUUCAAGAAUCUAGUGAGCUGAUGUCGUUUAUGAAAGAAACAGCUCGUGAAGACAUCAGGAUACUAAUUGAUGCUGUUGAGGAACAUUCUGAUCAGUUUGUUUCUGAAGCUAUUGUUUCUGAUUUGAUUGACGUCCAUGGAUUUGUACGAUCCUUUUUUAAAGAAAAACCUAAAGAUCCGUUGAUGCUUCUGGAUAGCCUUGCCAAAUGCUACAGUAAGCUUGAAAAGAAACACGACAUGGCAGUUAAGAUCAGAGAAUGCGGCUGUAAUGUCCAUAGUUUGCGAGGACUGUAUAUGAAUGUUGCAAAUCGUGGAGAGAUGACAAAGGAAAUUAUCAGUAACGCAGUUCAGAAAGGAUGUUCCGUUAUCAAGGCCAGCUCAAAUGGAUCAUGUGACGUUCAACUUAGCUAUCGCCGCCAGAAAGGUGACUCUAAAGAAACAAGCUACAAUAUGGCAGAGCUUCAUGACCUUCGAAGUCGAGCUCUUCUUAUUGUGAACACUGACAAAAAGCAAGAAGAGCAGCAACAAUCCGAAGACUGUGAUGCUACAAGUACUCCCGUGAACGCAAUCUUGUCCGUAUUUACUCAGCAAGUCGAAAUGAUUACUGACAUCCUAAAUAUGGUAAACCUGUUGCGAGAAUCAGGCCAUCCAGACUUCAAUGAAAAAUUUUGGCGCAAACUAAAUUCCUUUGAAGAGACUGAGUCUCUUGCAAAUUCCUUGAAAGGAGAGUUGAAGGACUGGAGAGAUGUCUUGCGUGUUUUGCAAAAAGAGCAUUAUUUUUUGAACUUUUUUCAUCCUGACCAGCUUUGGAUUUUGAAGAAAUUCUUGUCUAGACCUUUGGCCAAGGCAGAUCUCUCUUUAAGGGAGACAGUACAUAGUCUGCUGCGCUUUGUGGAUCCAAGUAUUCGUCAUACGGACCUUCAUGGGUUUCACCACCUGUACAAGGCACCCAAAAAGACAACUGGGCACGAAAGUGAUCUACGCGCCAUUGGAGAAGUUCUGGAUGCCAUAUUCGCCCAUCGUCGAACUGCAAAGCCAAAAAGAGCACCCCAGCAUAGUCAGCAAAGAGCUGUCAAACCAGGAGAGUUGUUUGUAGCGGUUCUUGAAGAAAACAGUAAGCAAACUGCUCAUGUUGUUUUGUCCUUAUUCCAACGCACAACGGGGUCGUAUCCCCAACCAAGCCAAGUUCUUUUCUGCCAUUCCGAGACCAGCUGGGAAGAAGUUGAAAGACUUUUGAAACGCGCGUUUGAAGCUUUUGGACAUGGCUCCACAGUCGAGUUACACUGCUUAGCUAACGUAGAAAACCUGUCAAACGACAUGCAGUUCGACCUUGUCGACGCCAUUAGAGACUACCAGCAAAGAACGGAAGGUCCAUAUUUACUUAGCAUAGUUUGCUGUGGAGGAAAUCAUCAUCACAUUGCUGAUCGGUUUUCUUCGUCAGCACACAACGAUACCGGAAUGACUGACGUUGAACUUCGCAACGCAUUCCAAAAAGACUUCCCUGACGUUUUCAUGGUUACAUCAGACCUUCCUGGUGUAGGAAAAACUGAACUCAUUCAUGAACGUGCUGCCCUACAAGGAAAGAAAGUGGUGACAAUUCCAAUCAGUGGUCCGUUGUCACGAAAAAACCUAGUAAAGAGGUUGACUGGAUUGCAGUGUGCCCCGUACGAGUGCAUUCAUUUUGAUGUCGGUGAAGUUGACGACCCUUUAGCUCUAGACACACUGAUGUUUGAGCUUGUUGUAGUUGGCAUGGUUUCAUGUGGAACAGAUAUUUUUCACCUUCCAACGAGGCAUGUUUACAUCGAAAUUGCAAAUACACUAAGGCACUGGUUGCAAGAUUCCCUUCCUGUUACGAAGUGCUUUUUCCCUCUUCGUGUCAAGUGGGAUGGAUACAAAGACCUUAUUGUGAGCCAAGAACCAUUAAGCGGCAUUCAAGUGGUUUGUCAAUACCUCGAUGCUUUUGAAUCUGGGAAACUGGAAAGCAAGGACCUAAGGCCUGGCUAUAUGAAGCCCUUGUCUCCAGAUCGUUGCAGAAAGCUCCUAUCCAAGUAUUUCUCAUCAAGUGGCGACUUGUCUUAUAACAUAGUGGAGAGUUUUGUCAAGGUGUUUGCGAUUCAGCUUAUGCAGUUUUCGGCAAGCCCCUAUUUUAAACCCCACAAUUUAAGUGCUGUUCUUGGUCCCUCACAUGAUGUCCGAAACUGCUUAUUCAAAGCCCUUUUGGAGGUCUCAAGGGAGUUUGCAUCCCGCUCUGUUGUGACAUGCAAAACUGUUCAGGCUGAAGCAAUCUCGAAAGAAAAAGCAACGGAAGUGCUCCAGAAGAUUCAGGUACAUUCAAAGAAUGUUGCAGUGGAAAUGGUUAAACGCGUGCAAGGAAUGAUACAAUGGGCUGACAACAAUCACCUUGUGAUAGUCUUUCACAGUCUCGAAGCUCUAACUAUCUCUGCCUUGUAUCGGGAUUUGUCAUUAGUACCUUCGAAUGUCCAUGAGCUAUUCAAAACGCAAGCAGUGAAGGGUAAAAAAAUAGAUGAUUUCACAAAGAUGAAUCAAAAACAGCUUCAGAACAGAUUAGAUCUAAUUGUUCGAACAACUCCUAGAGAAAAAGAUGACAGUUUGCAGAAAAUGGAGUAUGCUCUUACGCCUGAUAACAUUCUUAAAAUGGUGUUAAUCAUUCAGCGCAUUAGAGCAGGAAUUCCAGUCAUUGUCAUGGGGGAAACUGGCUGUGGGAAGACUAGUCUUGUUAGGUACCUUGCUAAAACAUGUGGAGUUCCAUUCCACGUGUUCAAUUUCCAUGCAGGGAUAAGUGAGGAGCAGCUUGUCCGUUUUGUGCAUAAAAUGGAAAACGAAGCGGAAAGUGCAAAGCAAGUUUGGGUAUUUCUUGAUGAGAUCAACACUUGUGACUAUCUUGGUACAAUUAAUGAGAUGAUGUGUCACCGUAGUAUCAAAGGGAAACCGCUUUUGUCAAACGUAGUGUUUAUUGCUGCCUGCAAUCCAUACCGUCUCCGUCCUACUGGACAAAUUACAACCGCUGGAUUGUGUGGGAAGACAAAUACAGAUGAAUACUCCAAGCUUGUUUACCGUGUCCACCCAUUACCUGAAACAAUGAUCGACUUCGUUUGGGAUUAUGGAUCACUGAGUAAGACUGAUGAAAGUGCCUACAUUAGUCGAAUGGUGGAGGGAUUGACUGGAAAUGUUGACAGCUUACUCGUUGAUCUUCUAUGCACAUCCCAGCAGUAUAUUCGGGAAUUUGAAGAAAGCCCUUAUUGUGUCAGUUUGCGAGAUGUCCACAGAUGUAUUGUUCUUGUUAGAUGGUUUAGGGAAAUCCUCCGAAAACGAAAUAAUUUGUCGUUAUCACGAUUUAAAGAUGGUCGACAAUACCAGACUCUUGCCCGGGGAAUUCCUCAUCGUGAGAGGUCUGUUGUGUUGGCUCUGGCUCACUGUUACCAGUCGCGGCUUCGUACUAAAGAGUCUAGAAAGGAAUAUCGCAGGCGUCUUGUUGAUUGUUUCAAAGAACAUCACCUCUCUACAUUUGACCAGCGUAUUUUAGAAGCCAUUGUAAGAGCAGAACAAGACGACUACCUGGAACGAAUGGAAUUACCAGAGGGAACUGCCAAAAAUUCUGCACUUCGCGAGAAUGUUUUUGUAAUGCUUGUUUGUAUACUCAACCACAUUCCGGUAUUUGUCGUUGGCAAGCCUGGCUGUAGCAAAUCUUUGUCGAUGCAGGUGAUCCGGAGCAACUUAAGAGGGAAGGAUGCCAAAGACUCUUUUCUCAAGACACUGCCACAACUUUACGUUGUUUCCCACCAAGGAUCAGAAUCAUCAACAUCAGAUGGAAUACUCAAGGUUUUUGACAAAGCGAAAAGGUACAAGAAACACAACAAAUCUGGCGACGUCCUUCCAGUUGUUCUUCUUGACGAAAUAGGUCUGGCCGAGGUCUCCAAGUACAACCCUCUCAAAGUACUACACAGCCUUCUGGAACCUGGUGACAGCAUAUUUCCUGAUGUUGCUGUUGUAGGUAUCUCAAACUGGGCUUUGGACGCUGCAAAAAUGAACCGCGCGAUCCAUCUUUCUCGGCCUGAACCUGAUGUUGACGAUUUGUUCGAAACUGGAAAAUCGUUACGAGAAGCAGGCAGUGGCAGUAGCAACUAUGGGGUGUCUUGCACGCGUUCAGGUCGUCUGUUUGGUCUUGGGGCCUAUCCAGAUGACACGCAGUUACGUUGCCUUGCUGAAGCUUAUCAGAAGUACCAGUUACAGCAAAGAUAUCCAAAUUUUCAUGGGCUGCGUGACUAUUACAGCUUGAUAAAGUGUCUAAGUACAGACCUGAAUGGAGAAUCAACACCACUGGUUUCUGAGGAGAAAACCAAGGAAAUCCAGCGAGCGUUGCAAAGGAAUUUUGGUGGCCUACCAAACGACGUGAAUAAUUUUCAAAGAAUUUUUCAAGAAAGGAUCCAGCUGCUUCAGGUUAUGGAUCAAAACUGCCAGUUUCCCGUAACCGACCUCAUUUGUGACAAUCUACGUGACAAACGUGCCCGUCAUCUGAUGAUAAUCACAAACGGAGAUUCUGCUAUAGGAAUCAUUGAUCAGACUCUCCAAGAUCUUGAUAAAGAGAAAAUCACGAUUUUUGGCAGCCGAUUUGAGGAAGAUCUCGCAGAAGAGUACAAUUACCGUAUGUUAAGCCGCAUCAUUCUUUGCAUGGAGAGGGACUGUGUUCUAAUCUUGCGGGAUCUUGAGAGUAUCUACGGCAGUCUUUACGACAUGCUUAAUCAAAACUAUACAGUAGUUGGAGGGAAGAGGAACUGCCGUGUCGCCCUUGGAGCUUUCAGCAAUCCAAUGUGUCAAGUCCAUGAUGGCUUUCGCUGUGUUGUGUUGAUUGAUCAAGGAAGAGUUGACUUCACUGAUCCUCCUUUUCUUAAUCGAUUCGAGAAACAGUUGUUUCGUUUUUCAGAUGUCCUUAAUGAAGAGCAAAGGGAGAUUAUCAAGAUUUUGAAGGAAUGGGUGAGACGCAUCUCAAUGAUUCCCGAUUUUAAGUCCCACUUCCACGAAGAAGACAUGUUUAUUGGAUUUUGUGAUGACACUCUUCCCUCGCUUGUUCUUAAAAACAGCCGAGACCCAAAACUGGAGGGUCAUGAAAUUGUUGAAGAGUGCAAACGGGAUCUCAUGAUGGUAGCAUCUCCUGAUGGUGUUGUAAGGAGCCUACAAUCUGCCUUGGCUCAGACGAAUUUGGGAGAAGUUAAGAAGCUUUACAACGACUAUUUCCAGAAGCCCCUGCACAAAGGUUUAAGAGAUUACUUGCGACACUCGCUGGAAUGUUUAGAACUUGACUGUAAUGGUGAAGAUGCCACAAAGGGUAUGCGACUGGUGAUAAUGACCCACAGCAACAUUCACGUGAAUGUAUCUCAGUGCCUUGAUGGGCUAGUUCAGUGCCAGACAGAGAAACUAAGUGCUUUUAAGUCUGAAAAGCAGUUGACCAAGGAAUUGGAACGAUUCUGGGGAUCCAGCGACUCUCUUUUGGUACUACAAUGUAAACCAGAGCUAGAUGCUUCGCAUGUGCUUCUUGCAAAGUCCAUUAUUGAGCAGCAUAGGGAAACAUACGUCAAGCGAACAAUUGACAAAAACCAGCGGCAAGUCAAGCAUGUUUGUAUUGUUAUCCAUGUUCAGAGAGAAAGUGAGGCCAAUAAGGCUGAGAAUCAGCGCUGGCAAUUCAGUUUUCAAAGCGGAUGGAAGCAAGUGACGAUCGAUGUAUUGGAAGACACAGUUUUGCCAGUAACGGAGUUUUUAGACGUCAGUGUCAUGGAGUUGUUAGAGUCAAAGGCGCUCUCAUUUGAUGAAGUGGCCUCAGAACAAUUCCUUUGGUGCUUUUUCUGCAUCAAAUAUCCCUCCUCUGUUCAGCCUCCAUUGGACGACAUUCUUCAGCUGGAAGGUCUUUUGAGGUCAUCGCCCAAGAUCCUGGCAUGUUUUAAGGAGCUAGUGAAUCGUUGGUUGGCAAAAAGAGUUGAUUUCGAUUCACAUGAAGAAGAUCGUCCAAGUUGGCAGUACUUUGUGGCAUGUGAUCGACAGGCCUUAAUUAACUCAUUGCAUUUAGUGGGAGCUAUUCAACACCAUGUAAGCCAUCUCACACGUCAACCACUUGCAAAGAUUGUGUACUUCUUGGAGAAGGAGUCUGCUUGGCCUUGGUUUCUGUUACAACAGGACACUUUUCACGAGGACGAACUUCAAGUCUGGCUGCAACUGAUCAUGGAUAGCAACAUUCUUAACAUCGAUGAUAUCCCUGAUCACCAAGGGGCAGAGUCCUACUUCAUUUCUGAGCGGCCUGUGAAGCUGAAAUUCCCUUAUUUCUCCGUAUUCUACAAAAACGUAGAACACGUGCAAUCUAUUUUUGUUGAAGACCAAAGGCAACUUCUCUUGGACAGAACUAACCUAAACGAGAAUGAUGAGUUGAGCGAUGCUGUAGAAGGGGCUCAACUACAUCGAUUUGCUUCCGUUGUAAAGGAGAAAGUCCCUCAAGUAUUUGAGCUGGACUAUCUGCGAAGUCGCAUUGAAUGCUACGUUGAGGAUUUUCUCGACAUGAAAUCAGCUCACUUUUCGGAUCUUUUAACCCGAGAGGAAAGAAUUGACUUCUUAAAGUCUGCAAUGGCAAAUCACCUAAAGUUUUCCGUUAACGGCGACCCCGCUCUCCUGAUUACUCAGUUGCAUUCGCUAUUCUGGCAGAACGAACCUUCCUAUGUGGCAGCCCUUCAGGUGUUCGUGACGUGUUACAAGAGCGCGAAUGUAGACUUCGGGCCGCUAGUCUCUGAGUUUACGCCUUUGUUUGAGAAAAUGCUGUUUCAGGAUAACAAUGCAGGAAAAAAAGCAUCCUCUGAAGAUUCUCAAGAACUUGAAAGAAGUCAUUCUUUUGAUGAACAUCACGCUGAAGAUGUGUGUACGAUGGUGGAUGGCUACGAAGUCGAUGCAGGGGAGGUCGGCAGUGAAACAUUUACCACGGAGAAGGAAGGGAGACUUCGAAAAGAGCAAAACGAUGACGAAAUGAAGGUAGUGGAAGAUAUCGGCUCACAGAUUGAGGAAGGAAAGGAAGACGCCAUUUUAACUGAAAAUCAAGGGGUUCAGGAGCCUAAAGACGAAGAUGCAACACAGACAACGGGGCGAAAUGAUUCCUUGAAAGAGGACAGUGAAAGUGACGUUUGUGAACAUGAAAGUGUGGGUGGUGAAAAUGACGUGACUGUUGAACACGAAGGGAACACCGAAUUGGAAUUAAAACAAGCUGUAGAAGGAAAUGAGCAGAAUGAUAAUAACAGCAAUAUGACAAAAGAUGAUGCCCCAAGUUGGCGUGGAAAACAAGAAAAUCCUGUCGAUGAUAGUAAGGUAGACAAGAAUGAUAAAACAAGCGAAGAGGGAAUCAGUGAACCACCCAUCACGGAGAACCUAGAGGAAAAUGCAUCAAACAAUGACGAAUUGGAGGAGGAUGGCAUAGGCACGAUUACAGACGACAGUGGUGUCGAAGGAAGCAUGAACUUCAGCGAAGUAUUAUUAGAGACGCUCUGUUCCGCGUUACUUCCAACGGACGAAAUUGUGAAGAAUUUAAAAGGCCCUGAAGGGUGGCAACGAACAGCAAGUCUCUUUCUGUCAACAGCGAGCAGACUGCAAGUUCAGAUUCCUGCAUUUCAUUACCUUCGUGUCUGUCACGAUUUUGUCACACUUUUGGUAUUACCAGAGAGUCUUGAACCAUAUUCCCUUUAUAUGCUUGGCGCACUUGGAAAAACGGGGGCCUCUGAAGGCUACCUCGAUUCCCCAGACACUUUUUAUCGUAUUUCCAACGUCAUUGAUGAGUUGGAACAACGAGGCGUUGAAAAGAGACGGCUGGAAGACUUUCUGAUGCUCUUCUAUGGACGUUGCAUUGAUUCAAAUCAAGACACACCAGCACUUGGUGUCAUACUGGAAAAGAUCAGUUUCAGUGGAGAGAAAACACUUCUACGGCUUGCUGGACCGUUGCUGCACCGUAUUUUUCUCACAGAAGAAAACGUUAGGCCUGGUGUCUUCGAAGAUCUCUUGCACAGCUUGGACUUCAUCAACGAACAUCCAGGCCUUCAAGAGACAAGUGCUGCUUUGUCAACACUAUCCGAUGAUGUUGAGUUGGACUCCCCUUUCGCCGUGGUGUGCUGUGAUCUUAUUAGUGAGGUGGCGUUCCCUGAUGCAGACCUAUCCAUGUUAUCGCACUCAGAGGAUCAAAUUCUCGUGAAUUUUCGCAAGGCCUUUCAAACCUUAACAGAACCAUGCGAAGACACUGAAAACGGAUUGUUCCAUCUUAUUUGUGCCACAGCUUAUUUGAGGUCAUUCCUGGCAUCAUUUGCGAGGUUUAUUUUGGAAAGACGCCAGUGCCUUACUGAGGACGGGGAGUUUACAGUCCUUUUAAAUGAAAUAAAUGGAGCCCUUUCCUGCAAUCAAACAGAUCUUGUCUCUUCGAGGACGGCAGAGUUGAAACUGUACUUUAUUAAAGAAUUGAAGAAAGAGCUCUACAUGUGGGAGGUGCGUGAAGUCUGCCAACGUAGCCCGAAACUUUCAGCGUUGAAGAAUUUAGAUUGGCUUGAUGAAGACCUGGUGGACAAACUUAGUUUUUACCCUCUGCGAAACUAUUCAGAGAAUUCCCAAGCACAAGCAGCAUUAGCAACUCUUCUCGAAAAGAACGACCUCAAGCCCCUUGAAGACACCAUUCUUGCUAUGUCAAGUUCUGCAGAAAAGAGAAUUGAGAUGGCUGCCACCCUUGCUAAGUCGUUUUACCUUGUUCGUUCUACACGACGUCUAAAGGACAGUGAGGACAAAGCAAUAGACUCCUUUAUAGGGAUGUUUGGGAAGUUUGAAAAUCCCUAUGUCCAGCUCCUCCUGAGAAUUACGGGAAGGAAGGAUUUCAAAAGUAAAAAACUUUGUAUUUCUUCAGAAUCUUCAUCAGCUGAUGUGCAUAGGGCGACUCUAAUCCUACAUCUUUGCAUAGUUCUAGCCUCUCAUUUCAGUGGUCCUAAACAGAAAAAGCUGGCAUUUAUGUCAUACCUUACGAGUCCUUUGGCCUCAAGCAAUACAUACGUCCUGGCGUCUGGAAAGGGUUGUCAGCAGCCAUAUGAGGUAGACCGCAAUUACAGCUUCGAUGAAACAUCGUUUUCCCUUUGCUCCUGUAGAACAUUCUUUGUUGCCGCAAGUGAUGAUGAUGGUGAUGAAAUAAAGUGUCCCAACUGCCGUUCACUUUGCAAAGCUGAGAAAGUACCUAGCAAGAAGACUGCAGCUGUUGAAGCUAUACAACAAUCUAAAGUUCCUGUCUGUCUCACAUGUCCUCAAGAUCAAUCAAUUCACGUACGGCAAAUGGAUCCAAGAGAAUUCCGAGUUCUCCACUUGUUUGUUCAUGCAGCACUUUACGGAGGCUACGCGAUGGAGUUGUUCGAUGAAAAUAGUCUGACCCAUAUACUUGGUAAUGCUGUUACGGAGAGUGAUCCUUGCGAAGUGUGCUUCCAACAGAUUGAUAACGACCUAAGAGCGUUAUGUUCUCUUUUAGACGCCAAGGAAGAAUACGUCAUCGGUUUUUUGCACUGUGCUUUGCUCAAAAGUAUUUCCAUCCUUACUUCGGGAAGUCUAUGUCAAACAGAAGGAGAAAGGUUGGCAUGGGAAAACACGUUCGCUGAAACCGUGCGCCCUCUACUCCGAGAGUUUUACCCAAGAAAACUUUUGGCAAGUUUGCAAGACUUCAUGAGCAAGUCUACAGUGGCUGUUCAAAGGAGGAUAGAGGAAAUUGAUGACCCUCAGUUCCCAAACACGGCAGAGAGAAACCUGCACCUUCCUAGAUUGCUGCGUGUCACGCUGCCUAAAACGUUUUCGUCCCUUAAAGCGUAUUAUAUGUCAGCUGAUCACAAUACUAAGAACCACCAUCCUCUUCUUGGGUUAUUCCUUGAUUUUAACGACUCUCUUCCUAACGUCGCAAGCCUCCACGAUCUCCUUUCCUGGAGUCGUAUCGUAGACUCACUUUUAAGUAGACGUCUGAGUCGCCACGAAGCCACUACAAAUAUAGAAGAUAUCAUUCGAAAAGAAUCCAAAUCUGUUGAGGAGAGAAGGCGAUUAACUGAGAUCUUCGAGAAGUUCAGCAUGGCGUGGGAGAAGAUGCGUCCUUUUGUCAUGGACCGUUUAAAGCAGGAUGUGCCAUACCUGAGCGAAGGCUCACCGAUUUCAUUUUGCUUGAUUAAGAAAAGAGGCCAGGGUGCCUGUCUUUGUGCUGCUAUGGAAAUACUACGGGAGAUCCAGAAUGAUUUCUUGCAGAAGAUGCUCAGUAUUGCAUCAACAGGAAAAUGUUCUGCGCUAGUCUUCCUGGAGAGAGAAAAAGGAAAAUUCACUAUUCCAGUCGUCCACUUGCAGGAUGCUCGGGAGAAAGAAAUUAUCCAAUAUCAAUGGACAGAUGAAAUUUUAAGGCAUUCUCAACGUAACACCGAGUACGGCCAUGGCAGGGAGAUCUUUUUUGAUCUUGCAAAGAUUGAAAAAGAGAUGGCAGCCAGAUUCUUGGUGGGAAAGUCUUACCUUUCAACUCUAGAGGGAUUACAGGAGUUCAUUUUCGCCCGAGAGCUCUUUCAUACUUGUAGAGGUAUUCUGGACGACUUACAAGAGCUGAUUCCGCAGCAACCACUCACAGAAGUGUUUCAAAGUAGUCUGUCCCGUCAGUGUGAGAGUCUGAAGAACGUACAAGAUUUGCUUGAGCACAUGGAAAUUGUCCUUUGCCUGUUAAAAAGACAUCGCGUUGGAAAACCAGAGGACCCUUUAACAGAAUUCACAGCCAACUGGCUGCGUGGACCAAGGCCGUUUCCAAAGAAUUUGCUUCCUCAGCCCCACCGCGCCAUCCAGCUCAGACAUGUAGUUGCCUUGUACGAGUUUCUCGAAGACAGGUUGGCUGAAUCGGCUGCCAAACGAGUUCACGACAUGUAUCGUGUUCCCAUACUUGAAGAGACAAUUAAGGAAAUGACCAAGGGAAUCUCUGCAUCUGGAACAACCGAGUCACAUCGUUCUGUUCUAAAUGCCAUCACAGUAGCACUCAAACGCUUCAUUUACCGUUAUCUUUCUUCUGAGGAGAUGAAACCUGAACCAGCUGACAGUCUGAAGGAGCGCAUGCAGGAGCGGUCGCUUUGGCCAAUCGAUGCAUUCCAUUCGUGGAACCCGAAAGUGGAAUCUGCGUCAAAAUUCAUCGGUGACGUGUUUCCCGAGAAGCUGGCCAUUAAACACACGUACGAAGUUUUACGCUUUUACCAGGACCGACUUAAAGUAAGUGAU